UAUGAGAAUCAAAAACACCAAAAAGGACCGAGUUUGGGUUCCGAGAUUGUUUGUUUAAGUGAAACACGACAAACCCAAAAUACGUGUGCAACAGCAAUACAACUCUGUGUUCCUCUCAACCUUGUCUUCUGUUAUAGCAUACCAUAACCACAAACAACCAUAGCCGAACCUCAAAAAUCUAACCUUGGAUUCCCAGCUUUCAGGUUCUCUUAGUUCCCACAUAAUCAUUUUUAUAGGUACAAAGCUAGUUUCACUUCAAAGGAAGCUUUGAGUUCUAUGUCUUCAUGUUCUCCUGUUCUUCCAACACCACUGGAUAACAAGUACAUGAAACCCCCAGAUUCGUUUCAGCUUUCGCCUAUAAGAGAAAUGACUGUGAAUCCAUCCCCCUUACAAUCUACAUCGUCGAAUUCCAACACCAGAAGUACCGGACACACAUUUUCGUCCCCUGAUGUUGUCUCUUUUUCUUCAGCUUCGCAGCAUGAAAGGCAGCAUCAACCUUCUUCCUUUGUUUCACAGACAUUAGGUGAAGACAGUGUGUCUUCUGAGCUACAUUCAGCAACAUUCAUUUCGCAGCCUCAAGAAAGCGACGAGAUUUCCUGGGGACCGGAUCCGUUCCAGGGUAUGCUUGGUUUCCCUGAAAAUGUUUCUGUCCAGCAUGAUCAGGUGGAAAAUGGUGCUUGUUAUACAAACGAUGACAAUGUCAAACAAUCUGAUUUUGGGGAGUGGGUUGAUAAGUUAAUGUCAAUUGAUGAUUCUUAUGACCCAAAUUGGAGUCAGCUCCUUGGUGAUGAUAAUGAAUCAGAACCAAAACCAAAGCCCAUCCAGCAGCAGAAUGUACCAUCUAAAGAAGUUAAAGGUCUUCCUAGUUCUCCAUCAACUGCAUCACAAACGAAGCCUCGAAUGCGUUGGACACCGGAACUUCACGAGGCCUUUGUGGAAGCGGUGAAUCAGCUUGGUGGCAGCGAGAAGGCUACUCCCAAGGGGGUCUUGAACCUCAUGAAAGUUAAGGGCCUUACGAUCUACCAUGUCAAAAGCCACCUACAGAAGUAUAGAACGGCCAGGUACAAACCUGAGACCCCAGAAGGAACUUCUGAGAAAAAGCUAAGUUCAAUUGAAGAAAUGAAAUCUCUAGACUUGAAAACGAGUAAGGGGAUUACCGAGGCAUUGCGCUUGCAAAUGGAACUCCAGAAGCGGCUUCACGAGCAACUCGAGAUCCAAAGGAAGUUGCAGAUUCAAAUAGAAAACCAAGGGAAGCGCCUCCAGAUGAUGUUCGAGCAGCAGAGAGAGAUGGGAGAUAGCAAGUUUAAGGACUCCUCCUCUUCCUCCUUGGACGAGCCUUCCAAUUCAGAAGCUCCAAAAGAGGAAAAUGAGAAAUUAGGAAGUGAAAGUUGCAUAACGAAAGCCGGGCCAGGAGAAAGCUCUCGGGACGAAAGCACGAAGCAGGAAAUGGCAGAUGAAGCUCAAAUUAGUGUCCCACCACCCACAAAACGGGUCAAGACUUAAAAAGGAUUGACAAAAGCAGAAGUGUUCUUUCCUUCCUGAGAUGAAAUGAAUGAAUGAAUGAACUUUAGUGCUCAUCUUUAAUGAUAUAUCCUCAAAAUUGAACAGCAGCUAAUGCUAUGCAUGGCUAUGAUUGUGGCUUCAUUGUUUGGGAGAUAAAAUUUGCAUUUGGAAAUUGUUGUAUAUUCUUGAACCUGUUGAAUCAUUUAAUCUAAAUAGCAUUUGUUUUAUGGUUCAUAAUUGACUUCUUUCUUAGCUGCUUACUGAUUUAUUUUCCUUGUGAAUUGAGGACAUGAAGGUCAUUUUGGUGCAGAUUCAGACAGAGAGGGGCUUUUCCAGGAUUAAGGUUAAUGCAACAGCCAUAAAUCAUAGUGCAGAACAAAGUUCACUCUUCAGAUUCUUUGCUACAUCACUCUACAAGUUAUUUGUACAAAUUUCAUUAUUUGGAUAUACCAAUAUAAGUCGCCCUUAAGUUGAAUCUUUUUAGUUUUUAUUUUGAGAAUAAGGCUUGUAAAUAAUAGGGUGAUUUACAUCAAUAAAUUGAUUGGAGAUUAAUUUUACACAA